AUAUUCCGAUUGCAGCAAGUGCGUGUACAAAGAUGGCGUCUAACACAAUGUGCAGAGUGUUGGCUCUCCUUGCUUUUGCAAGUAUUGCAUUAGCUGGGAAAAGAACGUUGAUUUUAGUCGACAACUGGGCCAUCAGAGAAACGCAUUCAACGUUUUUCAGAUCAUUAAGAGAUAUUGGAUUUGACCUGACAUUUAAACUAGCUGAUGAUGGAAGCCUGGCCCUGGUCAAAUAUGGUGAAUUCCUGUACGACAAUCUCAUUAUCUUCUCUCCCUCUGUCGAAGAGUUUGGAGGCAACCUUGAUGUGGCAGCCAUCACAAGUUUCAUUGAUGGAGGAGGAAAUGUUCUCGUUGCUGCCAGCUCGGCUAUCGGCGACCCACUGCGAGAGCUCGCAACUGAAUGUGGUGUGGAGUUUGAUGAUGAGAGGACGGCCGUCAUUGACCAUCUCAACUAUGACGUGUCCGACCUUGGCAAGCACACACUGAUUGUCGCAGACCCAGGUAACCUCAUCGAGUCUCCAAUGAUUGUGGGCCCGAAGAACCCCGCCCCUUUCCUCUUCCGCGGCGUUGGGAUGUUGGCUGAUCCCGAGAACCCGCUAGUGCUGAGUCUGCUUCAUGCCUCCUCCACUGCCUACAGCCACAACCCUGACACCAAGAUAUCCGAGUUCCCUCAUGCUGUUGGCAAGAACACUCUCCUGGUGGCAGCCCUCCAGGCCAGGAACAACGCCAGGGUCGUGUUCGUGGGUUCCCUCGACUUCUUCAGUGAUGAGUUCUUCCAGUCCCCUGUACAGAAGGCAAACGGUGGCAACCGGUUCGACAAGUCUGGCAACCAGGACUUGGCUCUCAACAUGGCACGGUGGGUGUUCAAGGAGAGGGGUGUGUUGAGGGUCGGCGCCGUUACUCACAAUAAGAAGGGGGAGAAGAAGCCACCAGCAGCCUACACCGUCUUCGACAACGUGAGAUAUACGAUCCAGAUUGAGGAGUUGUCGGAGGGGAAGUGGCAGCCAUUCCAGGGUACAGACAUCCAGCUGGAGUUUGUCAGGAUCGACCCCUUUGUCCGCACACUCCUGAAGAAGCAAAAUGGGAUGUUUUACGUGGAGUUCAUUCUGCCUGACGUGUAUGGGGUGUACCAGUUCCGUGUCGACUACAACCGUGUGGGCUACACCCAUCUCUUCAGCACAACUCAGGUGUCUGUGCGUUUUGACUGAUUGUAUGUCAUCCAUGGGGUAGAUCACUACUCAUGCUUCCCAUGAAGAUCCAAGUUAGAAUUCAUAUUCAGCACCCAGGCUUGUGAGAGGCGACCAACGAGAUUGGAUAGUCAGUCUCUCCACCUUGGUGGAUGUCAUCGUAUCCCAGUUGCGUAGAUCAAUGCUCAAACAAACAAAUAGUGAUGUGCCUUUUUAUUUUCUUUAACGUAAAAAAUAUGAGGUUUUCUUUUUACCUGGAAGAAGAUGUUGAGUUUUGAAAAACAAGAUCAUUGUUAUAUUGCUGACAGCAUCAAGCAUUCACAUUUGCCUAUGUUUCAGGUGUCUGUCCGGCCAUUACAGCACACGCAGUUUGAGCGGUUCAUCCCUGCAGCCUACCCAUAUUACACCAGUGCCUUCU